AUGGCAUCCGACGGUACACCGGUCGCCGAGGCUCUCCCCUCCGAAUUGGGGAACGCCAUCGCGGCUUUGAAUACAUGGAACAACCCGGACCUUCAGGCCAAGCUGGCCGAGCUCGGAGCCCCAAACAUGGGUCCUCGAGAGGAGCUAAUUGACAGGCUCAAGAGCUACAUGAUCCAGACUGGAAUCGUCCUGAACAAACCAAAUGAUGACAAAAUGGGCUCGCAGAUGCCAGGGAUGCCGACUAUGCCCCCCAUGCCUAUGCCGCCAAUGCCUCCUGGCAUGAGCAUGCUCCAACCUCUGCCUAUGAUGACCCCAGGAGGUCCCCCUCCUCCUGGUAUCCCCAUGGGAAUGGACCAUGCUUCUCUCGCUCCUCCAGGCAUGACCCAAGAGGAUCAGCUAAAGAUGGCUCAGCAGAGAGCAGCCAUGGUUUUACAGCAGGAGGAGCGGGCCAAACAGCAGGCUGCAGUAAUGCUGGAACAGCAGGAAAUGGUCCAGAUGCAGACAAGAUCCAUGACGUCUGUCGGGGAAGUCAGAGCCCUGGAUCCUCGAGGUCCGCUUCCUCCUGGUGUCACAAUGCUGCCACCCCAGAAACAGAGGGUGCCCCCCCCUCCAGGAGAGGAUAACAAGGAGAUCUGGCAGAACGAGGAAAUGAGCGUCGGUGGGCCUAAAAUCCCUCAGGUCCUGGAAAAGAUCCUCCAGCUGAAGGAGAUCAGACAGGAGCAGCUCACCGAUCCAACAGGUGAAUAUUACGAUGAGGGAGGAGAGAUGGAUGCGGCCGGUUCUGGUCAGGUGAUGUCUGAGACGGAGGACGAUGGCCAGAUGUCCAAAAAAGAUAAAAAUCGCAAACGCCGGAACCGCAAAAAGAAGAGCAAGAAGAAGCGAGCGCUUGAAAAGAAGGAGGAAGCGGAGCAGCAGAAGAAAGAAGGGGACGAGAAGGAGAAAGAAAAGGAGAAGGGAAAAGAUCCAGAGGUGGAGAUCGAGUACGUCACCGAGGAGCCAGAAAUUUACGACCCCAACUUCAUCUUCUUCAAGAGGAUCUUUGAAGCUUUUAAGGUAACAGACGACGUGAAGAAGGAGAAAGAGAAGGAGCCUGAGAAGGCGGAGAAACAGGAGGCUGUGGGCAUGUUGAGGAAGAAGGGCUUUGAGCUGGAGAGGAAGGACAGCGACGAUAGCGACGAGGAAGCCAAGCCAGAUGUGCCCAAGCUGUCUAAGAAGAAGCUGAGGAGGAUGAACAGGCUGACCGUGGCUGAACUCAAACAGUUGGUAGCUCGCCCAGAUGUGGUGGAGAUGCACGAUGUGACGGCCCAGGAGCCCAAGCUGUUGGUCCACUUAAAGGCCACCAGGAACACGGUGCCCGUUCCACGCCACUGGUGCUUCAAGAGAAAGUAUCUACAGGGAAAGAGGGGUAUCGAGAAGCCUCCGUUUCAGUUACCGGAGUUCAUCAGGAGGACGGGGAUCCAGGAGAUGAGGGAGGCCCUGCAGGAGAAGGAGGACGCCAAAUCUAUGAAAACCAAGAUGAGGGAGAAGGUUCGGCCCAAGAUGGGGAAGAUCGACAUCGACUAUCAAAAGCUCCACGAUGCUUUCUUCAAAUGGCAGAUUAAACCUAAACUCACCAUCCAUGGAGAUCUUUACUAUGAGGGUAAAGAGUUUGAAACGCGCCUGAAAGAGAAAAAGCCAGGAGAUUUGUCAGAUGAGCUGCGGAUUGCUCUGGGAAUGCCGGUUGGACCUAACGCUCACAAGGUGCCCCCUCCCUGGUUGAUCGCCAUGCAGAGGUACGGCCCCCCUCCUUCCUAUCCUAACCUCAAGAUCCCUGGACUCAACUCUCCCAUCCCAGAGAACUGUACGUUUGGUUAUCACGCCGGCGGCUGGGGGAAGCCUCCAGUAGAUGAGAUGGGCAAACCGCUCUACGGUGACGUGUUUGGAACCAACGCAACAGAUUUCCAGUCUAAAGCGGAGGAGGAAGAGGUGGACCGCACACCGUGGGGAGAGCUGGAGCCUUCAGACGAAGAGUCGUCUGAGGAAGAAGAGGAGGAGGAGAGCGAUGAAGAAAAGCCAGAUGAAACUGGAUUCUUCACCCCAGCAGACAGUGGGUUAAUCACUCCUGGAGGCAUCACCUCAGUACCAGCAGGCAUGGAGACUCCGGAGCUGAUUGAGCUGAGAAAGAAAAAGAUUGAGGAAGCCAUGGACGGAAAUGAGACGCCACAGCUUUUCACGGUUCUACCAGAGAGACGGACAGGGCCUGUAGGAGCAGCCAUGAUGGCAUCGACACACAUCUACGAAAUGUCGGGGGUUGGACGCAAGACUGGUGGAGGGCAGGAGUCCCAGGGUGUGGAGGUGGCCCUGGCGCCUGAGGAGUUGGAGCUCGACCCGAUGGCCAUGACCCAGAAAUACGAGGAGCACGUCAGAGAGCAGCAGGCUCAGGUGGAGAAGGAGGACUUCAGCGACAUGGUGGCCGAGCACGCGGCCAAACAGAAGCAAAAGAAGAGGAAGGCCCAGCCACAGGAUACACGGGGCGGUGCCAAGAAAUACAAAGAGUUCAAGUUCUAGAGAAACGCCAGCACUAGGUUGAGCUGGCCACAACAGGAUGUGAAACGGAGAGGGACAGACUCCGAUUUCAGCUUCGGAGGAUGUUCAUCACAGCUCCAGUUAACUGUUGGAUCACUGAGGUGUUUUUGUUCCCUUUUUUUUUU